GUCAGAAGAUCGUACAUAUUUGAAAAUUUGGACAUAAAUAAAAGGAAAUAAUAGGAAACUCAUAAAUGAAAGUAUCAGAAACAUUAUUGAUCUGUUUGAUAUGUUUUCAAACAACAAUUUCCAAACAUCCUAACGUUCUAUUUAUAAUAGCGGACGAUUUGAGACCGAGUCUAGGAUGUUACGGUUCCAAAGAGGCCCACACUCCCAAUAUAGACUCCUUAGCGACCAAAAGUUUCCUCUUCAAAAACGCCUUCGCCCAGCAAGCCCUUUGCGGCCCGAGCAGAACCUCUUUCCUGACCAGCAGAAGGCCGGAUUCUCUAAGGACCUACGACAAUUGGGGCAACUACUGGAGAGCCUCGCUUGGUAACUUCGUCACGUUACCGCAACACUUCAAACGGAACGGAUACUACGCCUACUCGAUCGGAAAGGUCUUCCAUCCGGGACGGUUAUCCAAUCACACCGAUGACUAUCCUUACAGCUGGAGCGUCGAGGCCUUUCAUCCGCCAACCGAGAAGUAUUCUAACGCUAAAGUUUGCUCGGACAAGAAGGGAGGUUUGGCCAGGAAUUUGAUUUGUCCGGUCGUACCGGAGUACCAACCAUCGGGAACCCUGCCCGAUUUGGAGUCCUCGCAGGAGGCCGAGCGGUUCCUGCGGAACUGGCGAGGGAUUACAGACGGCAGGCCGUUUUUCCUCGCUGUUGGGUUUCACAAACCCCACGUACCUUUUAAAUUUCCUGUAGAAUAUCUCGAUUUCCAUCCGUUAGAAAAUGUUAGUCUUCCAACGAACCGAUGGCGUCCGGCCGGUAUGCCAGAAGUGGCCUGGAAUCCCUGGAACGACGUGAGGAAACGCGACGAUAUCGAUAAAUUGAAGAUCCCUUAUCCAUAUGGACCGAUGGCCGAUGAAACGAUGAGAGAAAUCAAAAGGGCCUAUUAUGCAUCAGUGAGUUAUAUCGAUGAUAUGAUAGGACGUAUAUUGAAGCACGUCGAUGAAGAAACUGUAGUAGUUUUAACGGGAGAUCACGGCUGGUCCAUAGGAGAGCACGGGGAAUUCGCGAAAUACAGCAAUUUCGAUAUAGCAACGAAGGUCCCUCUACUAAUCCACGUGCCUCGUCUAUCGAAUACCGAAAUCAUCUUCAACAAUCCUGUGGAAUUAGUAGACAUAUUCCCCACUCUCGUCGAUUUAACGCAAAUAUCUCAACCGCUAAAGAAAUGCGCCGGCGACGGUGCAGUUUUAUGCACCGAAGGUCGCAGUUUGGUACAGUCUAUGGUGAAAAUCCUGAGGAAUACGAAAAUCGCAUCGAGUUCGGCGUUUUCGCAAUACCCGAGACCCGGCCUCGUACCUAGCAGGCAUCCAGACAGCGAUCAACCCAAAUCGAAGGAGAUUGAAAUAAUGGGGUAUUCAAUAAGAACUAAACGGUACAGAUACACCGAAUGGGUGGAAUUCUCUACUAAAUCGUUUCGACCCGACUGGAACGUCACGUUCGGAAGGGAAUUGUACGAUCAUCUGAUAGAUAUCCAGGAAAACGAUAAUAUAGUCGAUAGGGAAGCGAUGGGAGAAAUUGUGAGGACUUUGAGGGAGAAAUUGAUGCUUGGUUGGAGGUAUAUUUAAGUGUAAAGGGUAGCUAGAUGUAGUCCAGCUAACGAGAAAUUGUAUAGAGAGAAAAAGGAACUCUUAAGGGAUUGAUUACCAGUUCAUUGAAUAUAAAAAUAGCUAGUAGGUUUCCUUGAAAAGCACUGUAUAUUGGAACAAUUAUCAUUUUUAAAAAUCGUAAUUAAUUGAUAAGGUUUAUUUAUACGCCAAUAUUAUCACUAUCACAUAUCCUUUCGGGUUUAAAUUAAUGUAAGAAAAUGUAUUUCAUUCUACAG